AAUCGCACACAGAGAAGCAGGAGAGUCCCACCAUGCGUCUGACGUCACACGUCCCCCGUGCUGGCUGGAAGCCCCACCUUUUGUGUUUCCCGCACCGUCAAUCAAAAUAGGAAAAAAAAAACGCGCCUGCUUCUCUCCGUCCGCAGCCCGCCUGUGAUUAUUAUACAAUAAGCAUGUUACGCGACUAAAUAAACCGACCGCGGCCCGCAGCCCCUGUCCGGGGGUUCUUCAUUUAUUUUGAGGACCGUUUGUUGUUUUUUUUUUUCUGUAAUCCUGCCACAAACACAAUGACCGCUCCUGAGCAGCCUGUCAAGAGAGAGGAAAUGGCGGCCAUGGAGAUAGACGGUCAGAACGAGUAUCUACAGCACGGCAACAGCAGCGACGAGAGCGACCAAGGAGGAGGCGGCGGGCAGACAGAGGAAUUAUCAACUGUCCAGCUCACAGGAGGGCCAAAUAGAUGGGAAGUAUUAACCCCAGCCCAAGCUGCUUUAAAGGAUGAAGGUGGUAACAUAGUGCAGCUUCCAGGUGGUGCCACAGUAACGUCAAGUGGACAGUAUGUCCUUCCCAUUCAGACCCUGCAAAAUCAGCAUCUGUUUUCUGUAGCACAAGGAUCAGAAGGUGCUAAUGGUACUUUGUCCAAUGUACAAUAUCAAGUCAUCCCACAGCUCCAGACAAGUGAUGGUCAACAAGUUCAGCUUGGCUUUACCACAUCCGACAAUGGCGGUCUAGAUCAAGAAAGUGGCCAGAUUCAAAUAAUCCCCGGAAACCAUUCAGCCGGUCUUUUGUCAUCAGGUUCAAAUAUAUUAACACAAGCUGGUCAGAUUCAAGGAGUUACUAUUGGGGGUGGUUCUUAUGGUGGCCAACAGGUUGUCACUAAUGUCCCCAUAGGGCUUCCUGGCAACAUCACUUUUGUUCCCAUUAAUAGUGUUGACUUGGAUUCAUUGGGUUUGUCUGGCAGUUCUGAAGCCAUGACAGCAGGUAUUACUGCAGAUGGACACUUGAUAAGUGCAGGGCAAGCCAUAGACAGUUCUGAUACACCUGAAAGGACUGCCGAACACGAGCAUGUUUCUCCCGAAGCUGGUGAUAACUCAGAAAAUGACAUGUUUGUGCCAACCUCUUCUUCAUCUCAGCUUCCGGUUACUAUAGACAGUGCUGGAAUGCUGCAUCAAAGUGCAAACAGUAUGACUGGCAGCCCAAGUGGGCAGGUGCAUGCGACUGAUCUUCAGGGAAAUUAUAUCCAGGCUUCGCUAACUGAUGAGUCGCAGAACAUUCAGGUCUCAACAUCACAACCAAUGGUACAGCAACUACAGCUCCAAGACAGCCAGCAGCCCACCAGUCAAGCCCAGCUUGUGCAAAGUAUUGCGCAACAAGCAAUCCAAGCUGUUCAGGCCGGAAGUCAGACCAUAUCUUCACAAGCCUUGCAGAAUCUUCAAUUGCAACUUAACCCUGGAACUUUCUUAAUUCAGGCACAGACAGUGACUCCUUCUGGGCAGAUUGCCUGGCAGACAUUUCAAGUUCAAGGUGUACAGAACUUGCAGAAUUUACAGAUUCAGAAUUCCUCUCCUCAACAAAUCACAUUGACACCCGUGCAGACUCUCACACUGGGGCAAGUUGGAGGAGCAGGAACCCCAGUUAGUUUAAGCACUGGUCAGCUCCCAAACCUACAGACUGUUACCGUAAACUCUGUGGAUGCAGCAGGCAUCCAUUUGCAGCAUGGAGAUAAUUCUGACAGCCCUGGCGGCAUACGAAUUAAGGAGGAAGAGCCUGAUCCAGAGGAAUGGCAACUUACUGGGGAGACUACUGUCAACACAAAUGAUUUAACUCACCUGAGAGUUCAAGUUGUGGAUGAUGAGCUGGACCAACCAAAUCAAGAGGGAAAAAGACUGAGGAGAGUAGCUUGUACAUGCCCCAACUGCAAAGAUGGGGCUGGGAGGGGUACAAAUCUUGGAAAGAAAAAGCAACACAUCUGUCACAUCCCAGGGUGUGGUAAAGUUUACGGGAAGACUUCACACCUGAGAGCGCAUCUUCGCUGGCAUUCGGGAGAGCGUCCUUUUGUUUGUACUUGGAUGUUUUGCGGUAAGAGGUUUACUCGAAGUGAUGAACUACAGCGACAUCGAAGAACACAUACUGGUGAAAAGAAGUUUGUCUGUCCAGAGUGUUCAAAGAGAUUUAUGCGAAGUGACCACCUCGCCAAACACAUUAAAACCCAUCAAAAUAAAAAGGGCAUUCACACCAGCAGUGCUGUGCUGGCAUCGAUAGAAGCGAAGCCUGAAGAUACGUUGAUAACGGCCGAAGGAACAACCCUCAUCCUUGCAAAUAUUCAGCAAGGAUCUGUACCUGGCAUAGGAACUGUAAAUACUGGCACCAGCAAUCAAGAUCUCCUCUCUAACUCUGAGAUUCCCUUACAACUCGUCACAGUUUCUGGAAAUGAGACAAUGGAAUAAAGAUCACACAACACCUAUUAAUUGUGGUUAUUUUUAUACAGUAGUGGGAAAACAAAACCUUGUUCUUGAGUUCUUAGAUAUCUUUUUAUUGAUGUGCAAACUUUUUGGAUUGACAGUAACUUGGUUAUACAUGACACUGAAAUGCCUUACUUUGUAUGCUAUUCCAUAAGUAUGAUGAAAUGGUAAAAUUGCAUGGCUUUUGUAGGUACAUUUGGAAUCUAGAACUGAUGAAAUUUUACCAUGAUACAUACAAGUAUAAAUAAUGUUGACAGAUGGAAAUGGAAGUCUAACCAAACGCAUCAAUCCUGUGUGGUUUAGUGUAAAAAAAAAAAAAGAAAAAUUUAAAAAAAAUAAAAAAUGAAGAACAUGUUGGUAUUUAUCUAUUGUAAGAUAAAGUGGAUGGGUAAAAGAAAUUAUGUUAUGAUAAAUUUUUGUAAUUUUCUUGAUGACUGGAAUUUUUAUUAUGCAUAACUGACAAAUCAUGUUUCCCAGCAAAUAUUAUGUCGGUUCGGCUUUACCAUAACCCAUGUAACGAUUAACAGCAGAUUGUUUUAAUUAGGGGGUCUAUGUAAGCAAUUUUAAGCAUUUCUCUUGUAAAAUUCUACAACCAAGUUUUAACAUGGAGCUGUAGGCAGCGGCCACUGUCGAGUGUUGAAAAGCCAUGUGCAAGAUUUAAUUUGCCAAACCAAAUCUUGUUAAAAUUGUUUUGCGUAUUGAAAACAAUAUAUCCAAUGUUAAGAUUUUGUAGGUUGAAGCAUUUUUGAAUGGUUUAAAUAAAUGUUAUGAUUAAGCACCCACUUUAUUGAACACUGGUGGACCAAAAAUAGUGAACUGUUUUGUCAUUUAGCACAUAUUGAUUUCAAUCUUGUGUACUCAGACAUGAAACCCAUCGUUGUAAAUGAACUAGCAUAGCACAUGCAAACGUGAUCUAAAUCAUUUCCAUAGUGACAAUACAAGGCAUACAAGUCCGCGUCGUGGGAAUUGGGAAUUCAUACAAGGGUGUUUAUUUUAGGUUUUUUGUUUUUUUAAGAAAACAUUUAAUUUUUUUUUUUGUUCCCCCUCUCUCCCCAGCAUUUAAACAAUCCUUUUGCUUUAUUUUUUUUUUUUUGGCUUCUACCAUUAAAAGAAUUGUAUGUAUCGAAUACAUUUACCUGAUAAAUAUGUAUAUUUUUUUUUAUUAUUUUGCUGUAUUUUCGUUUUAUUUUUUAAUUGUUUAUAUUUUCAUCUAUAGAAAAGUGUAAAGAUACAAAGUUACAUUACAGGUAUGUAAGUCCUAUACCAUUUUGUAAGACGUAGUCAAAUAAAAAAAGAAUAAAAAUUGCAGCACCUAUGACAGUUCACAUAUAUACAGGCGUCAUCUGGGUCUUUGUUAUUCUUAUGACCACCUCAAAUUUAAAAGCUACCUUUAAAGUGUAUGUUUAAAGUGUAUUAUAACAGUGUGGUAGUUUAAUAAAACACUAUUUUCUUUCUUUUGA